AUGGUACUCUGUUGCAAGCACUUACUUGCCAUGAAUGCUUUGGCAGCUAGUCCUACCCAUACCAAGGUGUUCUCAGUCAGUCAGGUUAUAUUAUAUAAAGAUCAUGUAGCACAUAUGGGUGAAACACCAUGCCCUGUUGACCCAUGGAUUGUAGUCUUGAAACUUCUAGAAAACCCUGAGAUAAAAAGGAUAUCCCAACUGGUGAGGCUACCAAGGAACAUGCUUUUAUCUGUAGACAGACAACUUGUACAAACAAUUGUACCUGGUACAAGAUUGACUAUAAUGGGAAUUUACAGCAUAUUUCAAGCUUCAAAGACAUCCACAUCUCACAAAGGAGCAGUUGCUAUUAGACAACCAUAUAUAAGAGUUGUUGGAAUAGAAGAAACAAAUGAAGCUACUUGUGGUCCUGCCAAUUUCACACAAGAAGAGGUUGAAGAAUUCAAGAGAUUUGCAGCAGAAGGCAAUGUAUAUGAAAACAUAUGUUCCAAGAUUGCCCCUUCCAUAUUUGGCCAUGAGGAUGUUAAAAAAGUUGUGGCUUGUCUCCUGUUUGGAGGAUCAAGGAAGAAUUUACCUGAUGGUGUAAGAUUGAUGGGUGAUAUUAGUGUUUUGCUCUUGGGAGACCCAUCCACUGCAAAAUCACAGCGCGAGUUUUAUCUGGAAGCAGGGGCUAUGGUCUUGGCUGAUGGUGGUGUUGUCUGCAUUGAUGUUCAUAAUAAGCUUAUUAUGAACAUAAAGAUUAUAUCUCCUGUAUUGGAUAUGAUACCUAUGUCUUUGGGUAUUAACCUGGCUGCCCUGGCUUUUAGAAAAGAACUCAUAGAUCUGGCAAAGAGGUUGAGUGCAAAUUUAAGUACUUAUAGGGAUACUUUAUUUGAGGAAUGCCUCAGAUUCCUGAAGGAGGUGGAGUUUGGUGUUCGGGAAUCUUCCAAUCAGUUGCAUAGCCCUGGUAACAUUUGGACUAUUUAUGCAGAGACAACUUCUGUGUUCUUUAAGGGAGACUAUUCAUAGCUGAUGCGAACAACAAUCUCAUUAGAUAUUUGGAUCUGCACAAAGAAGAUGCAAAAGUUGUUACACUUGAGCUAAAAGGAGUUCAGCCUCAUGUAUGUGUAAUAAUUGUUGUGCACAAUUUACAAGCUGCUUGGUGGUAAGUGGAGUACCGGAUAAUCUGAAUGUUGAGAUAAAGAAAGCAAGCUUUGUCACUAAAUUAUACCCUUCAUGGUGACUCUAAAUAAUGGGGCAAGAGUCAACAUGGCAAGAAGGAAGGAAAUCUUCUUGCUGUUGCUACUGUUGAAUACAAGGUUGAUCCUGCUACAUGGCCAAUAAUGAUCUUUAGGGUCUGCUAGAAGGAUUGGAGAUUGCAGUUAAGCUUCUAUCGAAGACUUCACGCCAAGGACUUGAUGAAUUUAAGCUAGCAAUGUUUUACAUGAUUUGGACAUGAAUCCUAACAUAUCAUACUUUGGCAUGGUUAGAAGCUUUGGAGGAAACGAGACUCAAGAAAAAGCAAACACACAGAGAGUUGUUGGCACAUAGUAAGCUAGAUAAUGCAAUUGUAUAUAAAUUCUGCUUCUCUUGAGUUCAUUUUUUUAUAACAUUUACUCACUAUUGGAAUAAUUAUUUGUAUUUGAC